AUGCACUCCGUCAAACGGCUCGGCUUCCUGGCGGUAGUGGCCUGCUGUACUUUACUCGGUCCCUUGUUUUUUGGAUACCACUUUUCGACGAUUCGUGACAGCUCUUGGGAGUAUCUCGAUGCUGUCUCGAGUGGUCACCUCACCAAGAGUGGUGAGCAGACUAAGCAUUUCCAUCUAGUCCUACCCGCUACCGGCCCGAACGAUCAGUUCUGCAAGCUCCUGCUCAGUGCCGGCAUCACUGGGUACCCCGAACCUAUCUUCGUCGGCUGGGCUGGCCAUGGCGUAUACAAUGGUACCGAGAGCCAUCUGUUCAAGAUCACCGAGACGUUGGCCUACCUGAGGUCGCUGCCUCCGUCAGCAGAUGAUGACCUUGUGCUCAUCCUGGAUGCAUAUGACAUCUGGUUGCAACUCAGGCCUGAUGUGUUGAUCGGCCGCUACUUCGAGGUCCUCCGCAAGAACGAUAAGCGCGUCAAGGCAGAGGGCAUCUAUGGCAAGCAACAUGGUGGUGCUGUCAUCAAACACAGCAUAGUACAAGGUCCUGAUAAGAUCCACUGGCCUCAAGGGGACCAAGACGCCGCUACCUGGGCUGUGCCUGAAUCACCUCUGCCACGGAAUGCCUUUGGACCUCUCACCGAUACAGAUAUGUUCACGGCGCGGCCGAGAUGGCUCAACAGCGGUACCAUCAUGGGACCUGUCAAGGACAUGAGAGACUACUUCUCAGCGACUGUGGAUAUGCUGAGUAGGAAAUACGAUUCGACCUGGCAGUUUCGUAACAGUGACCAGUACUACUUCGCAGAGGUAUGGGCCGAACAGGAGGUAAUAAGGCUACAGUUACGCGACGGCGAAAACUUCACAGCUCCGAUCGUCAGUGGUGGAGGAAGUGGCAUCGUCCCGUUCAUCCCUGAAGGCAGAAGGACAGAGUUCGGGGUCUGCUUAGACUACGAAACCGAAAUGUUCCAAACAGCUGCAGCUUUCGAUCGACACGUCACAUGGAUGAGGUUCAACGGCUCAACACAAUCAGUGUCCGGCUAUCCUGGCGAUGCAGAAGAGAUAGGUCUCACCCUACAACAAUCGACAUCGACCAAGCGCAUCGACCAGUGGGUCCUACAGAACGACACGCUGAGAAGCGACGGCCCCUGGUCAGCAGCAGACCCCAAAGAUCUUCCCGGCAUCGAUGAAGGCAGCUCAUGGGAAGAUGUUAUGCUCGGGGUCAACGUCGUCACCCAGAUAGCCUUCCCACUCUUCCACAUAACAGGCGACAAAUCCCUACGCGACCGCUGGUGGCCGCGGAUGUGGUUUCAUCCCUGGAGUGAGCAGCUUCUCAAAGCCGCAAAGCGGAAGCAGGCAAAUAGUGAAGAUCCUAGCACUUUCUUGGUCCAGAAUGGCGUGCGGUACAAGCAAGCGAGACCGGAUGGGAAAGAGUCGUACGGGGGUCCUGGGGCUGAUGAGAAAGGUGGCGCGUGGAUAGCUGAUGGGGAGUAUGUGCCCUGGAGGGAUAUGUGUACACAGUUUGAGGAUCAGAUCUUUUUGAAGCAUAUGGAAGGUCUGCCCUAG